AUGGAAUUUUCCUUUGAAGAUUCAAGAAAAAAUCCUGAUGAAAUUUUCGCUGCACAACAAUUAUUCGAAAUCUUAAAAACAUUUAGAGAUAAGGGCUUCAAUGAACUAUAUAUUUAUCGAAGUCUCGAGUUUCAUUAUGAAUAUGAUGAAGUUACGGAUGAAGAAGACAGUGUUGAUGAAGAAGAAAAUAUUGAUGAUUAUGAUGAACAACAAUAUCUGCACAAUCAAAGUCAUUUUAUAUUAGAAGAGAUGUAA